AAAAGCCAGACUUUUGCAGCGGGACCAGGAUUGUACAAUGGGGGCAGGAAAAACGGGUCGACCCCGCGUUGAGCUUUUAUGAGCGCGUGGCGCGAGAGAGGCGAGAUCCGCUGGAUUGGGAGGCAGCCCAAGCAGAAGACACGUGUUAGGCUCUACUAAAGUGAAGAAGGUUUCUCUCCCGACGUGUAUCGGAGACGCGAAAGUUUCAUCGGAGACGCGAAAGUUUCAUCGGAGACAAACCGCCCUUGGGCCGGAAGAAGCCAUGAGCCUGGGAACAACUUCUCGCUCUCUCACGGUGGGGCUGAUGCUAUUAUUGUGCAUCAACAGGUCCUUGGGCGUCCCCACUUUCAGAAAGGAGAGAGUUGUUCGUCUCGAUCCCGAACUCGGCAACCGGCAACACGAAGAAAAUCAGAGCUUCCAGUAUGAUCACGAAGCCUUUCUGGGCAAAGAUGAUGCCAAAACUUUCGAUCAACUUAGCCCGCAGGAAAGCCAGGAACGGUUGGGAAAAAUUGUUGAUCGGAUCGAUGAUGAUAAAGAUGGUUUUAUUACAACAGAAGAACUGAAAAAUUGGAUUAAAAGAGUACAGAAACGUUACAUCUUUGAAAAUGUAGCUAAGGUCUGGAAGGAUUAUGAUCUCAAUAAAGACAAUAAAAUUUCAUGGGAAGAAUACAAACAAGCAUCAUAUGGCUACUACUUAGAGCAUUCCAAAGAGUUCCAAGAUGUCACAGAGCAACACAAUUUUAAGAAAAUGCUGCCCAGAGAUGAAAGAAGAUUCAAACAAGCUGAUCUGGAUGGUGAUUCAGAAGCAACUCGUGAGGAAUUCACUGCUUUCCUUCACCCGGAGGAGUUUGAGCAUAUGAAAGACAUUGUUGUUCUAGAAACACUGGAGGACAUAGACAAAAAUGAAGAUGGUUUUGUGGAUCAGGAUGAAUACAUUGCUGACAUGUUUGCACAUGAAGAUGGGGGACCUGAACCAGAUUGGGUGGUAACAGAACGUGAACAGUUUGCAGAUUUUCGAGAUCUAAACAAGGAUGGAAAAAUGGAUAAAGAAGAAAUUCGACACUGGAUUCUUCCAAAAGAUUAUGAUCAUGCACAAGCUGAAGCAAGGCAUUUAGUUUAUGAAUCAGAUGCAGAUAAGGAUCAGAAGUUAACCAAACAAGAGAUUCUAGAUAAUUGGAACAUGUUUGUUGGAAGUCAAGCUACAAAUUAUGGAGAAGAUCUCACAAAGAAUCAUGAUGAGCUAUAAUGUUUUUUGAAAAGCAAAUAUAUCAGAGACUUUUGUCUGAGUUGCCUGUAGAUGACCAGAAUAACAAUGGUCAUUAUGGCAAAUUAAUUUUGCACCAGUAUAUAUUUCUAACAAAAAAGCAAUUCUGUUAAUACCAUUGAAUGCCACAGAUGUCACUUCUUCUAAAUGCAUAUUUUAAUGAAUUCAUUGUAACUUGGGGAGCGCAUUUUCCAUUUGUAGGUUGACAUACUUUCACUUCAAUCUUGUAACCUUGGAUUUAUCACUAAAAUCAGUGAGAUUUAACCUGUGAAACAGAGUAACAGAGUAAGAUAAACAGCCUCCCAUCUUACUGCUUAACAUGUACAACAUCAUACUAUGUGUGGAGAGUUGAAUAAUUUAGUGCUCUUUCAUGGUAUAGUCCACAGGUGUCAAACUCUCUGCGUCACAUUACUGUCACAUGACUUUUUCCCAUCGUGGGUGUGGCCUGCACAUGACGCAUCUAUACCGUGGGCCACCAGUUUGACACCCGGGUAUAAUGAAACCCCCCAUAUUUCAAAGAACAUAGAGUCUAACAAAUGUGUUUGGGGUACAACUCAUUCCCAAUCCACGUGACCAAUGGUAGACAAAAAGCUUGGCUUUCAUCCCUGCCAUGUAGGGAUUUCUUUUAUAUCAGAAUGUUUCAAAUGUUUUAUCUCAUGUAUAAUGAAGUGGUAGAAGCAUCGUGUAAGGUUACAUCACAUGAAGUAUACUAUCAUCAGAAUGCAUUGCUCAGGUUUUCAGUGAUAGGUCUCUACUCAGAACCAAGAUCUCAUCUUAGAAAGUUACACAACUCAUAAUGCUUUUGACAGAGAAAUAAUCAACCUAGUCAUUUCCAAGAGUUAUUGCAAAUGAACCAUCAUCUAGAACUCAGUCCCUUCCAGACUGAUGAGAAUGUGUGGAUUGGGAUUUAUAUAUUUUUAUACAAAAAGCUACAGCAUUUUCAUAAUGAAGAAAAUAUAUAUGUUACAUGGUUUCUUUAAAUUUUUCUUCUGAGAAGGGCAGGCAUUCUUGGAGACUAAUUCUCAUAUGGAAGUUGCAGUGUUCUAAUGGAAGUUGCAGUGUUAAAACAACUGAAAGGUACUAGAUUGCCUUUCGCUGUUCGAAUAUAUAAUUUAUGGGAUGCCUGUCUGUUCUAUUUUGAAAAUUCUUAACAGCAGAAAAGGUGCUCAUUUUCCAUCUUCAUUUUCUCCUUACAAGGAAGUGUAUUGGUACUAAAUAAUAUGAAAGACAAAAGUACCACAGGGAAGGAGAAUUUGUACAGACUUGAGCACAGACUGCUAUCUUGAUAUGGGAUUUUGUGAGGUAAAUUGCCACUUUUAGAUUUUUGUUCUUGACUGUUAACUUACUCUAUUUCGUGUGGCAUACAAGCUUUUCCAGUAUUUUUGCCUUUAUGGACCAGAAACCAUGAACAAUAAAUACAUUAAUUUUAAAAUCUCAUAAGUGGAGAUUAAGAAGGCAUCAUUCUAGAUACUUUCUUUUCUAAUACUAUUAGUGAUUGGCUGGGGGGGGGAGCCUUUCCUGUAAUACUUUUUAUUCACUUUCUGACAAAAUUCAAUCUGAUGUGAAUGAGGAAACACCACAUACAAGCUGUAGGCUGCAACCAGAUAAACUGCAGCCUUUUCCAACUUGACAUUCUCCACAUGUUUUGGACUAUAGCUCACAUUAUCUGCAGCAUGAGGAGAGACUAAGUGGAAAUUUAUGAAGUUGUAGUCAUAAUACUCUGAAGGCACCAGACUGAGAAAUAUUGGAACCCAAGCAUUGUGGUUUCAUCAGUCAAUCAUGGGCUUAAUAUUAUGCGAAUCCAAAUACAAUUUGGUUUAUUUGAUUCUGCCUUAUCAUGUUAUAAAAACCAUGGAUUGUAGAUCAGCAUAACAUAGGAACCCAAGCAUUGUAGUUUAAUCAAUCAAUCAUGGGUUUAAUGUUAUGUGAAUCCAGAUGAUUCUGGAAAGCUAUAUUUCUGCAAUGCAUCAGGUCAAUUGCUGCUAUUGUUCAGGAGUAAUAGUUUUUAUUCUGCAUGGAUGACAACGAUUGAGCUAGCUUUUUUUUUUCAAAGGGCAGCUGGAUGUAACUUAUGGAAGGAUACACCAUGUCAAAUAUGGGAAAGGGAUUGCCGCAAUGGCAUUCCACUGUACUUUACUAGUGGAGGAGAAAAUCCCAAGCACUUAUUGGGGAAAAUGACAAAGUUUGCCUUUGUAGAACAGGAAGUGAAUGCACUGCCCUUAUUAAGUGAAAGGUAAAAUGGCUCCUAGGCCCUGGAACAAUAUGUGAUUUCUAUUGGGAAAACCUAAUCCCAUGCCUAACUUCUGGAUACCUAUGGAUGACAUGCAAGGGUCCAUACUUUUUCUCUGCUGCCAACUAGUGGUCAUCUAAAUUAUUGCAGACCAGAUAUGUCAUGUAGCAAAUGCAGCAUGUGAUUAAAACAGUUUUUAAAGAGUGACAUUGUUGGGGAAAUACUACUAAAUAUAUGGUUCAUACAACAUGAUGCUGUACCAUGGUGAAGAAAUUCUUUGGGACAUAGACAUAAUCAAACACCUUUGUCCUUGCAUAUUCUCCUCUGGCCCAUGCCAAGUUCUUCAUUUUCAGGCUUCAAUUCUCAGAAUUUUCGAACAAUCAUAAUGCUUGUUUGGGAUUUCUGGAAGCUGCAAGUAUAAUACAGCUGAAGAACAUUGGAUUGGGAAGAUAUUAAUCUUUGGAACCAAAGAAUAAUGGAAAAAUGCAACAAAAUUUAUGAACUUAAAAAAUUCUUUAAAUUCUUAUGAGUUAAAUUCUUGAAGUUAUAUUUAGGAAUAGGAAUGAACAAAAAUUCCAACUACAGCAAUCUUGAAGCAUUUGAUAAAUUUUCAGGAUGCUUAUUUUAGUUACUCAAGUAACUAAAAUAGACCAAGGGUGCUGGGUUUAACUUGAAACACUAAUUAAUUAAUUAAAUCAAACCUUUGCCUAAGCAUAAUCAAUCAAUCAAUCAAAAAGGAUUUUAAUGGAGCUUGACUGUUCAGAGAUGUUUGUCUCGGUAAUAUCAUUAAAAUCCAAUUAUGACAAAUGCUACAAAAUGUUAUGGUAAUACUAUGCCAUAUAAUAUAAUUUAUCUUCUUAGUAUGAGAAAGUAUUAAUUGCUGGAAACAAUGAUUCAUUCCCGCAAUAUAGAAAUCCAUUUUGUGCGUUUCUCACCAGUUACAGUACUUCAGAUUUUUUUCUUCAUGAAUGGAUUUUUAUAUCUGCAGGUUCUCUGUGCACACUGUUGUGACAUAGAUCUUCCAUUAACUAAAUGCUUUUAUUAUGGUGAUGUCAUGACACACCAAAGACAUCUCUUCAAUUCAGAGAAUGUUUUUAAGAAUUAGCAUGCAUGCAGUUUUGUUAUUAGGACUUACCAAAUUGCCUUAAUGGCUAACGCUCAUUGUCUUAAAGCCCCACAUGUGUCGGCCAUUUCCAAUUAGUAUUUCUCCUACAGCAGUGUU